GAGUGUUUUUAUUGGUUUAGUGUAUCUAAUUUUGUCUAUAUAUACCCUUAUAAUUCACAUUCACAUUCCACAAAAUUUCUCAAACAUUUUCUUACUUUCCAAUACAUCCCAGUACAAGUUUUUUAGAUCAAGAAAGUAGUGGGUUUUGCUGGGUUUCUUUCUUUCUUUUUUUUAAUUUUAAAGAAAGAGAAAAUUAUGGGGAAUUGUAUGAUGAAGACAUUGGGAUCAAGGCCGCAUCUGGAAGAAGAAGAAGAAGAAGAAGAAGAGAUUGGUGAAGCAGCUUCAACUGAUUAUAAGAAGGAAAAUGAAGGGAAGAAAAGCAGCAUAAAGGUGAAGAUAGUUCUUACAAAAGAGGAACUAGACUUGUUAUUAGUGAAGCUGAAGAACAAGGGCAAUGGUGGGAAGAGCUUAGAGGAAAUUUUGGGUGAAAUAGAGAAAGCAAGAUCUGAGAAACUUGACUCUUCAUGGAAACCUUCGUUGGAGAGUAUCAUGGAAGACGACGGUGUCAUUAAUUCAUGAAACUUUCAAUCCCUUUUCUGUAAAUUACCCUCUCUCUCUUUUUUUUUUUUUUACAUUCAUAUACUAUUAUACUUGCGUAACUCGAUGACAAAGUAUUUACCAGACUCUCCCCCACCCUUUUUUUUUUUCUCUGGAUCUUUGGCAUUGAGCGAUGUAUCUCUGCGUUGCUUAGCCUUAUUAGGAGUUUUGUUUUUAUAAAAUUAAUGCAUCUUUUAUGUCUGCAUGGUUGCCACUUCAAUCAUCUGAAAAAAAAAAGGUUCGCUUGAAGAUUGAGUGAUGAAAUUCUUGUUUUGGGACUGUAUAUAUAUGGAGUGUGAAAUUAAGAA